CAGAGACGCGCACCACUCAAUCUGCCUCGGGCUACUAAGCACGCAUAAGCUGCAAAGGAGAGACCAUUGUGCUGUCAUCAUGAGGAAGUUCCUGGUUUGUGCUGUGCUCAUUGCACUUCUCACCAUUGGCACGGAGAGUAGCCGCAUUCCCAGGCAGGCUGAGGAAGAGGGAGACGGGAUCGUCGAAGCUCAGGAGGAGGCUGUGGCCGCCCCAGCUGAGGAGGAGGCGCCGCAUGCAGAAGAACACAGCGCACCCGCUCCAGCUGAAGAGGAGGCUGUUAAGCAGGGCACCGCAGCCAGAGUGAUGAACACCCUCAGAUCCUACUACGACCAGACCCUCAACACCGCCUCUGGAUACCUGGAGGAUAUCAGGGAGUUGAAACUGGAGGAGAAAGCCAAGAACCUGUACGUGGAGACCACCACAGCUGUAAGGACCUACGCUGGGGUCGUGCAGGACCAGCUGUACCACAUGGUCGGAGCCCACUAAAUUGACCAGGCCUUCAGGCUCCAAACUCCCGAGGCUCACAGAUGAUUUAUGAUCCUGUUUGAGGACCUUCCUCUCGCCACUCAGUUUCUCCAUCAAACAGCAGUUUUGCAACUAAUUGCAAAAGCUGCUCCAUACUGGACUCACUAAAACAGCUGUAGUACUAUUGAAGUGAAUCAAUAGCGCCAAACUGUGGUGAGCCCAUGGUUAUUGUGAGUGGUGGGAACAAAUGCAGUGUAACCACAGCAUUUCAAGGCUGUAGAAACCAUUGGGAAAUGUCAUUUGUUCAUGUAAACUAUUCACUCAUGUUGUGCAAUAAAAAGAAUAUAUUUAAGAACCAA